CAAGGAUGUUUGCCGUGGACCUCGAGUUUGCUGCCGACAAGAUCGAGCUCUGCCUCGACUUUGAUGGCGCCGUCCUCGUCGAUGAUGACGACGUCAAUGACGCACCACAUGACGUACCCUCGGGUAGCAACUUCGGUGACGACACGCUCGCACGCGCGAUCGAGCGGCUCAAGCUCUUGGAUGCGUCUUCUCUCGCGGCGCUGCUGCAUCGCAUGGACCAGCUGGAGACUGCCGUCUCAGCCUCGACGCGCCAGCUUGCCACGCAGGAGUCGGAGACGCGCCAUCUUCGCCAGUUGUAUCACAGUGCGAUCCAAGAGAAUGAGCGUUUGGCGCAGCAGCAAGCGCAGCCCGUAGUCAUGGCGCAACCUACAUCGCUGCAGAGCUCGCUCCAAGAAGUGAUGGAGAUGGACCUCAAGGUGCAUGCGCUGGCCAAGGAGAAGGACCAGCUCGUCUCGGAAAACCAACGUGUGACGUCGCUCUGCGCGCAGUUCCAGCAAGAGGUCAUGUGGAAGACACUCGAUCUCUCGGACAAUCAGCGCAGUCUCCAGCGACUCGAGUGGCAGCUCGCGUCCGAGAAGACCAAAGUCGACGACAAAACACAAGAGAUUGCCGACAUGCGGGCCAAGGUCGCCGCCCUCGAAGACCAAACCGCGACGCUCCUCAAGCACAAGAAGGUGCUCAUCACCGAAGUCAAGUCGCUGCAAAAGUAUUCGCAUGUCAAUGUCACGGCGCUCGCCCAAGAUGCACACGAAGCGCGCAUGGUGCAAAAGAGUCUCGCCGAGAAGCUUGCGAGUGUGCAGCACGAGCGGGAUGCGCUCCAGGCGUCGCUGCAAGCACUGCCAUCGCCCGUCCAUGCUAGUCUCGUUGCUGUGGACAAGGCUACCUUGCCAUAGCACAAUAAUGGCGCAGUGUGCUGAUCGACAUGUACUAUCCUCUUCCAUGAGCAAACGGGCGUGGCCAUGCGGUGCCAUUACAUCGGGCAUGGCCCACGAGGAGGAAGUGCUCGCACCUAUGGUCGUCAUUCACGUCGCGUUGCGCAGCCGCUAGCGAGGCCUCUUGGCUGCAUCGUCCGGGCGCUUCAUCAUGCACCGAGCCUGAUGGGAUGGCUGCCGCUCCUCUCGCGACGCUUCCGGACCACAACCCUGAAUGGUUUCGGCAAAAUUAUAAUCCAUGCGUAGAAUCUUCUUACAAACAUCAAGUUAUAAAAUAAAAAAGAGCACGGCACGGCCCCA